GCUCCUACUCCAUCCCCAAGUCUCAGAUAUCCAUCCCUGACUAGUUUUCCCUCGGAGACUCUUGCUCGCUCGAAGUCUAACAAUGGAGUUACUGUCCCUCUCGUCUCCUUCGAUCCCGCACCAAGCAUCAGCCUCCUACUUCAAUCGCAAAGGAGUGACAUCCUUCUCAUCAUCAUCAUCCUUCUCCUCGUUCCCUUCUAAACCCACCGCCGCCACCGCUAUUCAUUGCUCCUCUUAUCCCAAAACCUCAAUUAACCCAUCCUCCAACCGCAAUGGCUCCUUCGUCACCUCUUCCCUCACCGCCAACAGCCCACAGUCUCCCGCCACCGCCAUGAGGGGAGCUGAGACUGACGCCAUGGGCCUGCUGCUCAGGGAGAGGAUUGUGUUCCUCGGCAACGAAAUCAACGACUUUGUCGCCGAUGCCAUCAUCAGUCAAUUGCUGCUCCUUGAUGCUCAGGACCCCACUAAAGACAUUCGCCUCUUCAUCAAUUCCCCUGGCGGCUCUCUCAGUGCAACAAUGGCCAUCUAUGAUGUCGUGCAACUUGUUAGGGCUGACAUUUCCACUGUUGCCCUCGGCAUGGCAGCAUCAACGGCUUCCAUUAUCCUUGGUGGUGGCACAAAAGGCAAGCGCUUGGCAAUGCCCAAUACACGGAUAAUGAUUCAUCAACCACUUGGAGGUGCUAGUGGACAAGCAAUAGAUGUGGAGAUUCAAGCAAAAGAAAUCAUGCACAACAAGAACAACAUUGUGAGCCUCAUUUCAAGCUGGAGUGGUCGGGCGAUUGAGCAGGUGGCGAAAGACAUUGACAGGGACCGAUACAUGUCUCCAAUUGAGGCAGUUGAAUAUGGAAUAAUUGAUGGUGUGAUUGACAGGGAUAGCAUCAUUCCUCUAUUUCCCGUGCCAGAUAGGGUUACUCCUACCCUGAAUUAUGAGGACAUGCGAAAAGAUCCAAUGAAGUUCCUGUACCCAGAUGUGCCUGAGGAUGAGAUUUACUAGAUAGCAGCAGCAGCAGCAGCAUUUACUAUGUGAAGGUAUAUGCAAUACCACUUUUAAUAUUCCUUAAUCAUAGUCUUUCAUGUUUCCUGAAGCUGGUCUACUUCCUUCCUUUGAUAUUAUGGUUAUGCUUCUGAUUUGUGAUGUCUUCUUCUCCUGGAGGCAGCACUGCAUCUCUUCUGCAGUUCAAAGUGUCUCCAAAGUGAAACUAGGGAGCGGCAGUAACCGAAACGGAGGACUAUGAGCUCCAUGGCACACAUAAUGUAUUAUUGAUUGCAUGAAAAGAGAAACAGGCCAUCUCCCUGUAUUUGGAAAUUGCAAUGAUUUUAUCUGUAACAUUUGAUUGAUAUACUUUAGGACGAAUAUCUGUUGUGUGGGAUAUCAAUGAAAGAGAGACGAUGUUAUGCAACACAGGCAUGAUUGCAGAUAACUGCUACUUCCCUACUACCUCCACACAUACCAUCUAGAUCACCCUUUUGUUUCCUAAUUCCUUUGGUAUUUGCUAAGCAAUCAAAACUUUGGAGAAGUAGCUAGAAACAUAAUCGAUUUUUCGCGAUGCUUACAAAGCAUAUCAUAUCAUUGUUUCUGUUUAGCUUAUACAGACCCAGUUUUUAAGGCCGCCUUCGAACU